AGAUGUAUGUCAAUGUUGGAGACUUCAGAAACGCCACUUCCCAGAAGGAACAAAUCAAGAUCAAACAAGUUUUCACUCACCAUUAUUUCUUCGGCAGAUCUCCCAAAAGUGGUUAUCUGGCUUCACACGACAUAGGACUCAUCAAAUUGAACUCCCCUGUUUUGAAUCCUUCAGCAGUCAUACCCCUAUGCAAUAAAAAACCCCCACCGGGACAACUGUACGGUAUGUGUGGAGUUGGAUCCACACACCCGACUUCAAAGCAAAAGGCCGAGGUGCUGCAAGAGACGUUUCUGGAAGAACGACCUUGGUCUAUUUGGGAGUUGGAUCCCGAGGACGAUCUCGAAUAUUUUAUGGAUGUUAUUCAAGUGGACAAUACUGUUUUGAACAGUUGCACAAGCAGCGGUGAUAGUGGGUCCCCCCUGUACUUAGUCAGCAAGGACGGAUGUGGUCACGUGCAGUGCCUUUACGGAGUGACAACUCAUAAAACAGUUAGAGCCAGGAAUAAAAGAGAGGACCCGACCUAUUUGGGCCAUAUGUUUUUCAUCCGUGUGCCCAAGUUCUACAAAUGGAUAGCUAAAACAGUUAAUGAUAAUGAAAGGAAAUAA